AUGACCUCCAAGUCACCUCUGUUCAAGGUCAUUCUAUUGGGUGAUGGCGGCGUGGGCAAGUCCUCCCUCAUGAACCGCUUCGUUACCAACAAGUUUGAUUCCCACCUCUUCCACACCAUCGGUGUGGAGUUCCUCAACAAGGAGCUGGAAGUGGACGGCCAAAGCAUCACCCUGCAGAUCUGGGACACGGCGGGCCAGGAGCGCUUCCGUAGCCUACGCACUCCCUUCUACCGGGGCUCUGACUGCUGCCUGCUCACCUUCAGCGUGGACGAUGCACUAAGCUUCCGCAACCUGGCCAACUGGAAGAAAGAGUUCACCUACUACGCCGACCUCAAGGAGCCCAACGUGUUCCCAUUUGUGGUGCUCGGCAACAAAUUGGACGUGGACAAGCGGCAAGUGUCUGGGGAGGAUGCACAACGGUGGUGCCAUGACAAUGGUGGACUUGCCUACUUUGAGACCAGCGCCAAGGAUGCUAUCAAUGUGGCGUCUGCCUUUGAAGAAGCAGUCCGUUUGAUCCUUACGCAGGAUGACCGCGAUGACCAUCUCAUUCACACCAACACGGUGGACCUAAGUAGUAAGAGCUGCUCAGAUUCCAGCUGCUGCUCAAGUGCUCUGGCCUCCUGA